AUGGCUUGUGUUCAAACAAGAAAGAUUUUAAGCCUUUGGCUAAGAUUAGCCAUUUUUCCAGUUGUUGCUUUUGCUGAUCCACAAUUGGACUUACCGCCUUUAUCCAGUACCCAGAGGAAUCCCUACGGUUUCGGAAUAUCCAGCACGCAGUCUAACAUAGGGAGUAACUUUGACAGAAAUAGGAACUUUCAAUUCAGUACUGCUCGGCCUCAAAGCGCAACGGGAUAUCCGUCCACCACUUUAAGCGGGAUCACUCCUGUGAUAAGUAAUAAUGGAUAUCCUAGCGUGAACUAUGGUAGCGGUCCAAGCUCAACUCUUCGGCCAUUUGACGAUAGAAAUAGGGACGACCGCAUAGAUAUCAACAGUGAUCCCAACUUCCGUCGGAAUGAUCCUAGUUUCGUGCGUAACGAUCCCAAUUUCGUUGGGACAAAUCCUUUUGACAUUAACAGGGAUCUCAACACAAAUGGCAUAGACAAUAGAAUAAACCAAGUGAGUCUUCAUCAAAUCAAAGACUUCUUGAAGCAAGCUGAUGAACAGGCCUCUAAGGAGUGCACGAACAAUGUUGCGGCGCAGUGGAAUUUUGAGACUGAUGUCAAUGAUGCAACUCAACAUGCUGCACUUGACGCACAACAAAGGUACACGUUAUUCCAACGUGGCCUAUGGGAAGUGGCUCAACAGCUUCCCCGAGGUGGAAUCAGAGACUUCUCCACCUUCAGGCAGCUCCGACUCCUCUCUAUCAUCGGCCCAGCUGCCCUACCACCAGACCAGUUAGACAGGUACAACCGUAUAAUAAACGACAUGUUAGCGGUAUACAACACAGCUGAGAUCUGCGCUUACAAUGAGCCCUUCAAGUGUGGACUGCACUUGAACCCCGACUUGCAGUUCAUCAUGUCGCACUCCCGAGAUUGGGAUGAACUGCAGCAUGCUUGGACCGAGUGGAGAAGGAACACGGGAAGGCGGAUUAGGGAUUUAUAUGAACAACUUGUAGAUUUGACCAAUCAGGCGGCGAGAUUAAAUAACUUCACUGAUGCAUCGGCUUACUGGAUGUUCCCCUACGACUCAUUCAAUAUGAGACAAGAAGUGGAUGAAGUUUGGGAACAGGUUAAGCCUCUAUACGAGUUACUUCAUGCCUACGUGCGCAGGCGUCUGCGUGAAGCAUAUGGCCCUGAACGAAUAUCUCGUUCAGCUCCAAUCCCCGCUCAUGUGCUUGGAGACAUGUGGGGACAAAGUUGGAGUGGAAUUGCCCAAUUAACUCUGCCCUAUCCGGGAAAGAAACAGAUUGACGUCACACCGGAAAUGAUUCGACAGGGCUUCACACCGUUAACAACAUUCCAACUAGCUGAGGAGUUCUUCGUAUCAAUGAACAUGUCAGCUUUACCCCCUGACUUCUGGGCUCUAAGUGUGCUUGAACAACCAGCUGAUAGACAAAUACACUGCCAGCCGUCCGCCUGGGACUUUUGUAAUCGACACGAUUACCGAAUCAAAAUGUGCACACAUCCAGAUAUGAAGGACCUCAUCACUGCUCAUCACGAAAUGGCGCACAUAGAAUAUUUCUUGUCUUAUAGAAACCUUCCUAAAGUGUUCAGAGAUGGCGCUAACCCGGGUUUCCACGAGGCCAUUGGUGAAACAAUAGCUCUUUCGGUAUCCUCACCUCGGCACCUUCAGACCCUGGGUCUGGUCCAGCGGUCAAUUGAUGACACAGCUCACGACACCAACUACUUAUUCACCCAAGCUAUGGACAAACUGGCUUUCCUUCCCUUCGCCCUCGUCAUGGAUCGUUGGAGAUGGGACGUGUUUACAGGAGACGUCAGAAAGGAGCAAUACAAUUGUCAUUGGUGGAGAUUGAGGGAACAAUACCAAGGCGUGAAACCACCCGUUCUUCGUUCAGAGCUCGACUUCGAUCCCGGUUCCAAAUACCACAUUCCAGCCAACAUUCCGUACAUAAGGUAA